AUGCUUCUGCGACUCCCGCCAACGCUGCAUUACCCCAUCACCGUCAGAUCGCUACUCAAGCGCCCGGGCGAUUCGGUCGAGCGGGGUGAUCAUUUGUUUUGGUACGUGUACAAGACUACUGUCAUCGAAGGCGAUGGGUUGGGGAAUGAUAUCGAGGUCCUAAAGGAGUUUCCCGUCAAAUUCGAGUCGAGCGUUGAUGGCACAGUGGUAGAGUGGAAGAUAUCUAAGGGAGAUAUUAUCGAUGAACCGGUAAACGUUGUUGAGAUUGAUGAACCAUGUGCUCACGAAGUUCAAUUCGGAGGCAUGUGCGCAGAGUGCGGAAAAGAUAUGACGGCUGCGAAUUACAAUACCGACGUCAUGGACGCAAUGCGAGCCCCGAUUCAGAUGGUUCACGAUAAUACCGCGCUCACAGUCAGUCAGAGAGAAGCUACCCGAGUGGAAGAGGAUGCAAAGCGCCGACUCCUAGCCUCGAAACGUUUGUCGCUGGUGGUCGACUUGGAUCAGACAAUUAUCCAUGCGACGGUAGACCCAACAGUUGGAGAAUGGAAGGAAGAUAAAAAUAAUCCGAAUCAUGAAGCUGUCAAGGAUGUGCGCGCAUUUCAGCUUACUGACGAUGGACCCGGUAUGCGCGGAUGCUGGUAUUACAUCAAACUUCGGCCUGGACUGGAAAGUUUCUUGCAGAACAUAUCUAAACUUUACGAGCUACAUAUUUACACUAUGGGUACACGGGCAUAUGCGCAAAAUAUCGCAAACAUUAUUGAUCCCGAUCGAAAGCUCUUUGGUGAUCGAAUUCUCAGCCGUGAUGAAAGCGGCAGUCUCACUGCGAAAAACCUACAGCGUCUAUUUCCUGUUGACACCAAAAUGGUAGUGAUCAUCGACGACCGCGGUGAUGUCUGGAAGUGGAACCCCAAUCUCAUCAAGGUGUCACCGUAUGACUUCUUCGUUGGUAUUGGUGAUAUCAACUCGAGCUUUUUACCAAAGAAGCAGGAGUUGACGCCGGGGAAGACCAAGAGCGAAAAGCCAGCUGUAACUGCACCCGCUGAACACCAUGUUAACGGUACUACCCAAGCCAAAGAGAUUGGAAACGAAGUCUCGGCAUUGGAACAGCUUGUUACGAUGGGUGGAGGGGACAAUCCAACAAUGCUCCUGGAACAAGCGACACAACAGGAAGAGACAAUCAUGCAUCAAGUGGAAGAUAGACCGUUGCUACAGAAGCAGAAGGAACUGGAUGCCGAAGACGACGCCUCAGAGUCACAAGCAGGUGCCGAGAGUGAGACGUCAACAUCGAGUAUGGACGAUUCUCAGGAUUUAGGGAAGCACAGACAUCAUUUGCUGGAAGAUCAUGACCGAGAAUUAUUUCAUCUACAGGACCGGUUAGAGAAAGUGCAUUCGGAGUUUUUCGAAGAGUACGAACGUCGCCGCCAGAGAAAUCUUGAAAGAGGACGAGUUUCGACUCUUCGAGGCGACAGAACUAUCCGGGAUCGGGAUAUUGAUUUAGAAUUACUACCUGAUGUUAAGGUCAUCAUGCCGCAGAUCAAGCAAAAGGUUCUUGGGGACGUUGUUCUUGUGUUUUCCGGUGUUUUACCCCUAGGAACUGACUUGCAAAAUGCCGAUAUAUCUCUUUGGGCCAAAAGCUUUGGGGCUACGAUAUCACCUAGAAUCGGAUCUAAAACGACGCAUUUGGUGGCAGGGAGAAAUCGAACUGCUAAAGUGCGAGAGGCAACGAGAUAUCCUCGAAUUAAGAUUGUCACAACGCAAUGGCUUUUAGAUAGUUUGACUCAGUGGAAACAUAUGGAUGAGGAGCCGUAUUUGAUUCCGGUUCAUCCGGAGGAUAGGGGUGAGCCUGUGCUGGGUAGCUCACCUGGUUCUAAGCUUGAAGAUUCCUGGCUUUCUUCUUCGGAUGAUGAUACGGGCGUGUCGUUUACAGACGAUGAGGAUGUCAAUGAAGAAAUCAUCCGCUCGUCCGGGAUGACUGAACAUUCACCUGUCGGGUACACCGCAGCCGAACAAGCAGCUGUGCACGACGAGCUGAAGGAGUUUCUGGGAAGCGAUGAUGAGACUGACGAUGAAGACGACAAAGAUUAUGUCGAUGACGAAGAAGAUGACGACGAGGCGGAGGGAAACAAUAACGAAGAAGAUCCAGCAGCAACGGACACCCGCAAACGGAAACGGGAUGGGGAUGAAGAGACCGAGAGUGAAGGAACAGGUACUUCACGCCUUGCACAACGUCUGAAGAGAUCGCCAGGGGCUGAUGACGAUGAAGACAUGUCAAAGCAAGGUGCUACUAUCAUUCCCGGCACAGCCAAAGACGAGGAUGACGGUAGCUACAAUUACAGCAACGAAACCAACGAUCCCACAGAGAAUGCGGAUUACGACGAGGAUGAGUUAGAGAGGGAAAUGCUCGCCGCAUUCGAGAAUGGGGAUUACGAUGAGAAUGCUGAAGAAGCGAUUGGAGCUGACAAUGGUUGAUUUCUUUCUCCUCCUCUUCUCUACCGUGUCUUUUGCCGAUAACACAUGUACAAAUUUUUUUAAUCUUGCAUUUGAGAGGCGUUGUUCGAGGAAGGCAAGCGUUGGGAAUGCGUGUAUUUACUUAUUCUAUCCGAUGGUCAUGUGCGACAAUCAUGAUCUAGCCCAGGAAGGCAGCAAUGGAAUCACAUCAUUCUCACUACU